CCUAACGACAAGUCCGUGAGGUUCCGCUUUUCGCUUGUCUUCGCCACAGACAGUAGACUGUCAACCAUCCAGCGCGCGGGAAGGUAUCUGGCCCGGCCACGGUUGUCAGUCAGUAGGUGUGUUGUGGCUGUGAAGCGGCGAGUGGCGGGGAACCGUACAGUCGCGAAGAGGAUGGGAGAGAGGGAGGCAGCGACACAGCCGAGCGCCAGGCGCAGCAGCGCAGGGCUGAAGAUGGCGGCGGGCGCGGUGUCGGCGCUGCGGUCGUUCGUCAGCAAGACGACGGCUACGCUGAAGCCGGCCGCCGCGGCGCUGGGCGGCUCGGCGGCGCCGUGCGUCGGCUUCCGCGUCGCCAGCAGCGCCGACGCCGAGAAGCUCAGCGUCACACUCAUCGGGGGCCGCCACCUGCCGCCCUCCUCCAACGGAUACGUCUUCAAGCUGCGGCUAUUCCCCGGGAGGGAGCGGCACGAGACGGGCGUGGCCAUGGAGUCGUGGCCGAGCUACAACGCCAACUUCAGCUUCUCGCUGCCGGCCGACCGCCGCGGGCCGGGCGCCUGCUUCCUCGUCAUCACGGGAUACGCGCUGGAGGCGCGCGGCAGCCGGCGCGUCAUCGGUGCCGCCACCUGGAGGCCUGACGACCCAGAGGGCGAGCUGUGGCGGGACCUGCAGCCGCUGGGGACGGGUCGCACGGGAGCGGCAGCUGGCAGCGGGUCCAGUCUAGCAGCGGCCGUGUCCAGACCCAACCAGUGCCUGCUCUGGAUCACCCGCCAGCCUGACGCGCUGUCACUCGGGGUUGCCAAACUCAAGUGGACACUCACAGAAAUACGAGACCUCGAGGCUCGCAAAGCCCGGGUGUAUCUCAAGCUGGAAGUAUUUGAGGGUGACCGGCGCACAGCAUCUCACAACUCGAAGCCCUUCACACCUGGCAUCUCAGUGUACCUGACAGCGGACGAUGACGCAGUGCUGCAACUGCCGAUGCCAGACUAUGUGUCAGACCCUGACGGGCUUGCCGUGCACAUCAGCCUGUGUAUGAGGCCAAGUGGCAAGCUGGGAUCCCGUGUAGUGCUGGGGUGUGCAAUACUGUCGUCAGAUGACGGUGGGGAGGGAGCCGCACACCUUGUGGAAGCCUUCCAGACCCCUUCCACUGCUGUGAACAAGUGGCACCCUAUGCUCAAGGUGACGUAGCAACAGCUAAAGACCACAGCUCAGACCAAUCCAUCGCUGUGCUGUCGCUGCUGUCGUGUGGUACACCCGUGUCUCCUAGGCAUUUGGUACAACAAACAGUUGUAGAAGUCUAAAUAUGAAGCAUAGUGCCUUUCUCUUCUGCUCAGUUACUGUUUUACAGUUUCACAAAGCUUAGCAUAAGAGUUCCUUAUGCAUUAUUGAGUGUUCUGGAGAUUGAUGGAAUGAGAUUUUCAAUAUUGCCUCCUCUCAUUUUCUGCUCUCUUCUUUUAGAUAAUCAUCUAAUAAACAUGUGAUAAUUUGUAGAGCUGGAAGUUUUGAGGCAAGUUUUCCACAGCUACAUGAUUGCUACAACAGAUGUUUCCAGACAUCGUGCACUAUCAUUAGAUGAAGUUUCCAUUGCUGACCUCACUAUAAAUGGACCAAUAAUUCACAAUUUAAAAAAGAUGUGCGGUGCAGAGAUGUUACAACUCAUUCUGCUACAAGUUUAUGGAUGGAGAGUAAUGCUCCGUAAGUAGCUAAUUGUAUCCAAAACUACACGAAACCUUAUGAUAAAUUUCAGUCAUAAAUUGGCAUAGGUUGAGUAAGUACUUGUGCACCGGUCUAAUCUUCAUAAUGAGACUCGUGGAUUGGUGACUAAUAUUAUUAUUUCUGGACUUCACUGAGAAAGGGUAUAAUGAAUUCCAGUAACUGAGAACUUGAUCGGUCCAAGCAUAUGAAGGCUGUAUACAUUUGCCAUAUUAAAGACUGAAUUUAU